GCAUCCCAGGGAUAACUGUGAGCAGAAAAGGACAGGACCCGACCCACCUCUUCGAAGGAUCCCUCAGCAAGCAGCCUGGGUGGCCGCCUUUUGGGUGGGUUAGACUCUGCCCCCAGAGGGAAAGGCCUGCCAGCUGCAAGGAAGUUCCUCAGAGGAGCUUACCAGGCUAGGCUGCAUGCAGGGCCCCGGUCAGCCCACGCAGCACCCAGGCUGAGCCUUGGCUCUAGUUUCUACAGUUUCCCUCCCCGGCCGUUCUGCCAGGUGGGCAGCAGGUGACUAGGGCCUCAGGCCAGGGAAAGCUGGUGGGGCUGAGAGAAGCAAGAUCCCCCAGGACAGAAGAAACCCAACCACAGUGGCGAUGCCUGUCCCUUGCUGUGAACGAAAAAGCCCAAAUUGCUGCUCCCCACGAAUGGGACUGCUGGAUGCGUCUCUCAAUGUUGUUUGUGUGGGUUCUUUUUUCUUUUUCUGGGAAUAUCUCCCCAUCUAGUGGUCGCCUUAAGGCAUCCUGCUGCUGCCGGCUCUCCCCUUGGUUGGCCAGGCUUCCUUGUAGGCAGUGGCCCUGCUGUCACCCCUUUCCUGGCCCUCCCCGUGUGGACCACCCUGCAUACUUAGUUCCACCCAUAGGCUAAGAUCCGCAAGGCCCCUCGCAGAAGCGGAGCAGCCCUGGAGGGGCUGCUAGUGGCACCAGUCACCCAGGUUGAUGGGCUCCCUGGCUUCUUACCUGAGGCGCCAAGGUCUAGUGGAACCCUUGCCUGCGAGCCCAAUGCCGUGCCUCAGGGAAGCCUGGCUUCAGAGCACAACUUUAUCCUUCCACUUGGCCUCUGCUCUGCUGGUCCCCAAAGCUCUUGCCGGUCCAGCUGGAAGAAGCUGCUCUCUAGUUCUGCCAGGCACCUUCCAGGUUCUCCUGUCCUCAGAUGCACGGAGCGGUGCUCAACUGGAGAUUACUUGAGUUCUAUGGGCACAAAGUUUGUUGUGUCUUUCUUUCCAGGAGUUGAAAUUGGAGAUGAUUUUCGAGAACCUGGCCCUCAAGGAUAGGCACUGCUCUGGGUGACAGCUCGGUGUGGCCAGCACCUCCGCUGAGUCUUCCGAUGCUGCACUUGAGUGUGGGUCUCCGUCUCUGGGUGGACUCCAGCUGAUGGGGUGUUCACUCGGGGGUCACCACUCAACAGUGCUCUGCUCCCUUGGGGCUCAGACCUGCAUCAGCACAUCUUGGGGUGGAAGGACUAGAGCUCCUCCAUGCCCUGGAGAUGGCAGCCAUUCUCCUGACCACGAGACCCAAGGUGCCAGUAUCUUUUGAGGACGUGUCUGUGUACUUCACAAAGACAGAAUGGAAGCUUCUGGACCUCAGACAAAGGGUCCUCUACAAGCGGGUGAUGCUGGAAAACUAUAGCCAUUUGGUGUCACUGGGGUUUUCCUUCUCCAAGCCUCACCUGAUCUCCCAAUUGGAGCGAGGGGAAGGACCCUGGGUAGCAGACAUCCCCAGAACCUGGGCCACCAAAGGAUUGCUCAUAGGUGACAGGACACACAGCACGACAUCAACUUCAACGCAGAAGCAUUCUGGACGACAGCUCCCUGGGGCCGAUCCACAAGGUGGCAAGGAGGGGCAGGCAGCAAGGUCGUCUUCUCUGCAGAGAGGUGCCCAAGGGUUGAGACCGAGCUCAGCCACAGGGUCGCAAGGCCACAAAGGUGCAGAGAAGCGGUACCUGUGCCAGCAGUGCGGGAAGGCCUUCAGCCGCAGCUCCAACCUCAUCAAGCACCUCAUCAUCCACAGUGGCGAGAAGCCCUACGCGUGCCCCGAGUGCGGCAAGCUCUUCCGCCGCAGCUUCGCGCUCCUGGAGCACCAGCGCAUCCACAGCGGCGAGAAGCCCUACGCCUGCCCCGAGUGCAGCAAGACCUUCACGCGCAGCUCCAACCUCAUCAAGCACCAGGUCAUCCACAGCGGCGAGUGGCCCUUCUCCUGCGGCGAUUGCGGCAAACUGUUCCGCCGCAGCUUCGCACUCCUGGAGCACGAGCGCGUGCACAGCGGCGAGCGGCCCUACGCGUGCCCCGAGUGCGGCAAGGCCUUCAGCCGCAGCUCCAACCUCAUCGAGCACCAGCGCACCCACCGCGGCGAGAAGCCCUACUCCUGCGGCCAGUGCGCCAAGGCCUUCAAGGGCGUCUCGCAGCUCAUCCACCACCAGCGCAGCCACAGCGGCGAGCGGCCCUUCGAGUGCGGCGAGUGCGGCAAGGCCUUCCGCGGCCGCUCGGGCCUCAGCCAGCACCGGCGCGUGCACAGCGGGGAGAAGCCCUAUGAGUGCAGUGACUGCGGCAAGGCCUUCGGCCGGCGCGCCAACCUCUUCAAGCACCAGGCAGUGCACGGCGCCAGGCGCCCAGCGAAGGCAAAAGCAGAGGCGGCGCGGCGGCGAGCGGGCUCCAGGAGCGCCAGUCCUGGGAGAGCAGUAGCGGCCAGUAGCCCCCCCAGGGUGAGCGCGGCUUCCAAGCCUUCCAGGCCCAGCCGCCGCUGACUCCCCGCCAGCGCACCCAGGGCGCGGCAGGCCGCCGUGGGGGGCCUUCCAGGGGACGUAGAGACUCAGCCCCCUUCAGGCGGGAAGAGCGCUCUCCCAGGGCCGCGACAGCAGCCACAGCCCUGACCUCUUUGGCCAUCAGAAAACCCCAGGCAGAGCCUCACCCUGAGGCUGAGAAACGCGGGAGGAACUCAGAACAGAGGAACGCACCCUUCCCCCGGGGCCGCCUGCACUGGCUCCUCCGCCGAGGACAGUGCGGACCGCCGACAGAGGCCCUCUACUCCCUCCAGACUCCUGAGCCUUGCAACUCAGGCACAGAGGCGGCACCUGGGGCACUCGUCCC